AUGGCCCCUGCUCGCAUCGACGAAGCCAACCUCCAGCGCGAGCCGGCUGUGGCGUCGCGCAGCUUCCGCAGCGACGAGCUGCAUGCGGACGUGUGCGUCUGCGGCGGUGGCCUGUCUGGCACGAUCGCGGCGGUGGCGGCGGCGCGCCACGGCGUGUCUGUGGUCCUGAUCCAGGACCGGCCGGUGCUGGGCGGCAACGCGUCGAGCGAGGUGCGGCUCUGGAUCCUGGGCGCGACGUCGCACAUGUUCAACAACAACCGGUACGCGCGCGAGGGCGGCCUGGUGGACGAGAUCCUGCUGGAGAACCUGUACCGCAACCCCGAGGGCAACCCGCUGAUCCUCGACACGAUCCUGCUCGAGAAGGUGCGCGACGAGCCCAACAUCCGCCUGUUUCUGAACACGGCCGUCCUGGGCUGCACCAAGGGCGACGGCCCGGACGAGCACCGGAUCGCGCGCGUGCAGGCCUUCAACGCGCAGACGGCCACGAUGACGCACGUGGCGGCGGCGCAGUUCAUCGACUGCACGGGCGACGGCACGCUGGCGUUUCUGGCGGGCGCGCCGUUCCGGGUGGGCGCGGAGGCGCGCGGCGAGUUUGGCGAGCGGUUUGCGCCGGACGCGGCAUACGGGCACCUGCUGGGGCACUCCAUCUACUUUUACAGCAAGGACGCGGGGCGGCCGGUGCGCUUUGUGGCGCCGUCGUACGCGCUCAAGGACGUCGAGGCGGCGAUCCCGCGCUUCCGCAGCUUCUCGACGGCGGAGAUGGGCUGCAGCCUGUGGUGGAUCGAGCACGGCGGGCGCAUGGACACGGUGCACGACACGGAAGACAUCAAGUGGGAGCUGUGGCGCGUGGUGUACGGCGUGUGGGACUACUUGAAGAACAGCGGGCGCUUCCCCGAGGCCGCGAACCUGACGCUCGAGUGGGUCGGCACGGUGCCGGGCAAGCGCGAGAGCCGGCGGUUCAUGGCGCCGACCAUCCUGACGCAGCAGGACAUUGUCGAGCAGCGCUUCCACAGCGACGCCGUGUCGCACGGCGGCUGGUCGCUGGACCUGCACCCGGCCGACGGCGUGUACUCUGAGAUUGACGGCUGCACGCAGUGGCAUGCAAAGGGCAUCUAUCAGAUCCCCUUCUCGACCAUGGUCUGCGCAGAGGUGCCCAACCUGCUCUACGGCGGCCGCAUCAUCUCGGCGACCCACGUGGCCUUUGCGUCGUCGCGCGUCAUGGCGACCUCUGGCUGCAAUGCCAACGCGCUGGGCGUCGCCGUCGCUCUCUGCAAGCGGCUCGGGCAGCCCGGCCAGCCCGGCCAGCCCGGCCAGCCCGGUCGGCCGCUCGACCCCAUCCAGCUGCUCGCCAAGGACAACAUGGCGACGCUGCAGCGCGACCUGAUGCGGUUCGGCCAGUACCUCCCGGGCUACAAGCUGGAGGACGACGACGACCUGGUGCGGCGCGCGGCCUCCGUGGAGGGCGCCUCCUUUGCGCUGUCGUCGCUGCCCGCCGACGGCCCGCCCAAGGUGCUCGUCCGCAGCCUGGCCCAGAUGCUGCCGCUGGCCGCGGGCGCCGUGCCCGUCUUGACCGUGACCGUCAUGGCCGUCGCGCCGACGUCGCUGACGGUGCAGCUGCGCGGCUCGCAAAAGGCGCACAACUACACGCCCGAGGUGGUGCUGGCCGAGCAGGCGUUUCCGCUCGCGGCCGGCGCCAACACGCUGCGCAUCGACUUUGCGUCGACGGCGUCCAACCCGCAGACGCAGUACGUCUUCCUCUGCCUGCUGAAAAACGACAGCGUCGCCGUCGCCACGACCAAGACGCGCGUCUCGGCCCUCAUGACCGUCGAGCACGAGUGCGACCAGGCGCCGCCGCCGGACGUCGGCGUCGACGCCUUUGAGCGCUGGACGCCCGUGCGCCGGCCCAUGGGCCACAACCUGGCCCUGACCGUCGCGCCGCCGCUGGCCGCCUGGGACGUCGCCAACGUCCGCAACGGCGUGCCGCGCCCGACCAAGCGCACCAACUGCUGGGUGCCGCCGCGACCGGAGGCGGGGACUGGGACACGUCGACUUGUGGUGGCGCGCUGGGCCGCGCCCGUCGCCGUCCGCCGCGUCGUCGUGCAUUUCGACACCGACUACGACCACGCCCUCGAGUCGGUCCUGCGCGGCCACCCGGAGCGCGCCAUGCCCUUUUGUGCCAAGGCGUGGCGGCUGCUCGACCUGUCGGUCCCCGACGACGAGAAGGAGCUGUUUGUCGAGGACGAUAACCACCUGUCGCGCCGGGAGGUCGUGCUGGACGCGACCGUGUCGACGAUGGCGCUGGGCGUGGAGAUCCUGGCGCUCAACGGCGACGACAACGUCCUCGGCGGCCUUUUCGAAACGGUCGCCUGGCCCAUGGUCCACAUGCGGACCUGCCACUCGAGCGACUUGCUGCCGCAAAAGAGAAUGGUCCGGUUGCCCGUCGUCUCAUCGCUUGCCACGUCCUCGCCGGCCAUCCGUCUCUUUGCAAAAUGCAGGUUGCCUGGACACGCCUCUCGCAGCGUCGCAAACGUCGCCGCCCACCAUGCCGCCGGCUUCUCGACCGCGAGGCCGCCUGCGUCUUCGCCCGACGUGACAAACACAGACACAGACGACCACUCGUCGGGCCGCAGCAGCGCUUCCCGGAGCACAAACGCCACGGCCCCAAAGUCGUCGCUCCGCAGGCUCCAGCACAGCGACUUGGUCCCGGUGUGCGGCAUGGUGAGGAACGGCGCCACGCCCGUGCCGCCGGCCACGCAGAGGCAGCGCGAGGUGUCCGCCAAGACGCCCGCCGCAAACCCGCCGCCCACGCCGACCACGUCCGCCGCCAGCGUCUGGUACGGCCGCGGCAGACCCAGCAGGCCCGUGAUGCGCCCGUUGCGUGUUAGGAUGGACACGUCGUCGCGUGUGGCCGCACAGGGUGUCAGCGUGCACCGUCGGUCGGCGUCGCUGAGACCGUGCGUGCCGGCAGUCGGGUCGAGGUCCGCGGGGAACUGCAGCGUCACAUUUUGGGUUGGGCGGAGCCACCGUUCGGGGGGCGAUGGGGGGAGAGGCGAGGACAAAGACAAGGACAAAGACGAGAACGACCCGUGGCCAGGCGGCGGUGGCUGUCUCGCAAACGAGUGGAAGCCAAUGGCAGCCGUCACCCGCCGCGAGGACGUGUGA